AUGAAAGCUUCAAACUCAACUUUAAUUCCAAAUGGACAACGACAUCCAGGUCAAUUACCUUCGAAUUCACAAAAUCAAAUUGAACGACAACAGCAACAUAUACCAUUAGGAACGAAAAAAAAUAAACGAAGAAAAAAAUGCCACGGUAACCGUAAGUUACAACGAUUUAAAAAGAAAUGGCGUAAACGUGGUCUCACCGAAGAAGAAAUACAAAAAUUAAUUAAUGAAUAUAAUCAUAGUAAUCAAGAUAGAAAUCAAACUAAUAAUCGGAAAACGAAUUUACAACAAGAUACAACAGUUGAAAAAAUGGAAGUGUCCAAUGGCUUAAAUGAUAAUAUCAAUGAAAAUAAUACAACAACAUCAAAAUCAAAUAAACGUAAACAACAAAUGACACCCUCAUCAAGUCAACGAUCAACUUCACGUCCAUCAGUUAAACGAAUGAAAAGAAGCAAAUCAUCACAAAUUACUAUGACUCCAUUAAAAACAAAUUUCAAACUACCAAUCUACUUGAAAGCACAUCCAAAUCUACUA